CCAGCUGUCGAUUUGGACGUUCCGGGGAGGCAGCGCAUGCGCGAGUUUACGCGUUACCGGCGAAGAGGGGAGCCUGACGACUCGGAAAUUUGAAUACCACAGUAGCAUGGAGUGUGACCUCAUGGAGACUGACAUCUUGGAGUCGUUGGAAGAUCUCGGUUACAAGGGUCCAUUGUUAGAAGAUGGCGCUCUGUCUCAGGCAGUCUCUGCUGGAGCCAGUUCCCCUGAGUUUACCAAACUCUGUGCUUGGUUGGUGUCUGAAUUAAGAGUGCUCUGUAAACUAGACGAAAAUGUGCAAGCAACUAACAGCCCAAGUGAAGCUGAAGAAUUCCAGCUUGAGGUGAGUGGGCUACUAGGGGAGAUGAACUGUCCAUAUCUUUCACUGACAUCUGGGGAUGUGACCAAGCGCCUUCUCAUUCAGAAGAACUGCCUCCUUUUGCUCACAUACCUCAUCUCAGAACUAGAAGCUGCCAGAAUGCUCUGUGUGAAUACUCCUCCAAAAAAAGCUCAAGAAGGAGGCGGUAGUGAGGUCUUUCAAGAGUUGAAAGGCAUAUGUAUUGCUCUAGGAAUGUCCAAACCUCCAGCCAAUAUAACUAUGUUCCAAUUCUUCAGCGGGAUUGAAAAAAAAUUAAAGGAAACAUUAGCAAAAGUUCCACCUAAUCAUGUGGGAAAGCCUUUAUUGAAGAAGCCAAUGGGACCAGCCCACUGGGAAAAGAUAGAAGCAAUUAACCAAGCCGUAGCCAAUGAAUAUGAAGUUCGGAGAAAGCUGCUAAUAAAACGUUUGGAUGUCACUGUCCAGUCUUUUGGCUGGUCUGACAGAGCUAAGAGUCAGACAGAAAAAUUAGCGAAGGUUUACCAGCCAAAACGCUCAGUCUUAUCUCCUAAAAGUACUAUUUCUGUUGCCCACCUUUUGGCCGCAAGACAAGACUUGUCAAAGAUUUUAAGGACCAGCAGUGGCUCUAUAAGAGAAAAGACUGCCUGUGCCAUCAAUAAGGUGUUGAUGGGCAGGGUUCCUGACAGAGGAGGUAGGCCCAAUGAAAUUGAACCUCCACCCCCGGAGAUGCCACCAUGGCAGAAAAGGCAAGAUGGCCCCCAGCAGCCAGCAGGAGGCCGCGGAGCAGGGAGAGGUGGUUAUGAACAUUCCUCAUAUGGAGGACGAGGCGGUCACGAACAAGGAGGAGGGAGAGGCGGACGUGGUGGCUACGACCGUGGUGGCUACGACCACGGUGGCCGAGGGGGAGGAAGAGGAAAUAAGCAUCAAGGAGGCUGGACAGAUGGAGGGAGUGGAGGGGGAGGUGGCUACCAAGAUGGUGGUUAUCGAGAUUCCGGUUUCCAGCCGGGUGGCUAUCAUGGUGGCCACAGUGGUGGCUACCAGGGUGGUGGUUAUGGUGGCUUCCAAACAUCUACAUAUACAGGAAGUGGAUACCAGGGUGGUGGAUAUCAGCAGGACAAUAGAUACCAAGAUGGAGGGCAUCAUGGUGAUCGAGGCAGUGGUCGCGGAGGGAGAGGUGGUCGCGGAGGCCGAGGCGGUGGACGCGCAGGCCAGGGAGGAGGUUGGGGAGGAAGAGGGAGCCAGAAUUAUCACCAGGGGGGACAAUUUGAACAGCACUUCCAGCAUGGAGGUUAUCAGUAUAAUCAUUCUGGAUUUGGACAGGGCAGACAUUAUACUAGUUGAGGCUACAGAACCUUACAUUUUGCUAGAGCUCAAGUAAUAGAAACUUAGUUUCAGAAUCCUGAAUCCAGCAUUGAUUUUGAGUUAAUGUGAGACCACAGGUGACAGGCAGAUUCCUGCUUGGCAUAAGCAUUUGUAGGUCUUCAUAUAAUACUGUUCAUUUUGGGUUUUGUUUUUUUUUUAAUGGACUUACAUAAUGCUGUUUAUUUGAGAAACACAUACAGUAUCUCUCCUUUGUAUGAAGAAUUUCUUAAAAGGUAACUAAAAUUGCCUUUAAUUGACCAGUAGACUAAUUCCACAGUCAGAACAUGCAUAUUUUUCUGAACAAAAUUACUUGAAUAAGUAGUUUUCAUGUUUUCAAUAUGCAGUUUUGAAAAAUGAGGAUUCUCCUAGAUUUUUUUAGAUUUACAACUAGGAAACCUUCCUCAUAUUAACAAUCCAUUUAUAUGUAUUUUCCUUAAAGUAUUCUAAUGCCUAUUUUCCAAGCACAGUUCUGCCCUGAUUGGCUUCUUAUUCUGAGAGGUUAUGCAACAUUUGCUUCAUGAUAGAACUUCGAGGUCAGUUCCUAUUAAAUGAGCUCUUCUGCAGAUAGCACAUUCAGUAGCCUUAUCCUUUCGAUGGAAUACUGUACCAUAUGCUCAACUCUGAAAAUCUUGAACACGGCCAAAAUCCAUAAAGAUUAUAAAAGCAAACUAAGUUGUGAACCUAUAGUACACGUAGGCAUUUAGUUAAGUAUAGCAAUUCAAACUGACCUGCAUCCAUUCAAAACAAGUUCCUCCUUCAACCUUAUUUUUACUUGAAAUCUGCUAGAAGAAACAGCAAACUGAAAUUUGUUUUAUGCACGAGUUAAUACCACUGGCUCAGCAAAUACAAGUUAGUUUGCUUUGGGCAGGAGACUUUUUUUGUAAUGGAAAAAAUGCACUACCAAGUAAGAGGACAGAUUUUUGCUUAGAGCAGGAGGCCCUUUAUUAUUGCUGCAGAAAACAAAAGCCUGGCUGCGUUGAUGUUUGACACUCACCUUUACUGAAAUCUACAUGACGCUUCUUGCUGGGUUUUUGUACACGUAAAUAUUGUCAAGCUGUGAAAGAAAAUGGCUGGAGGUGUGCUUUGUGUGAAAGGUGAGCAAUAAAGUAUUUGUAUGUUCUCUCUUUGGUUUGAGUUUUAUUUUAGCCACUUUUUUAAACUGAAUUAUUCAGGACGCUUGCUUCAAGCUUCUGAACUAAGGCCUUUGUUCCCCAAAGAUUCUCAAGUGUUUCCUUGAAACAUAAUUUGUAGUGAAAGAUAACCCUUACUCUAGAACCUUAAGUAAGUUGAAAAAUAGCUAUUUCCAAAUUUACCUUUUAUUAUAACUUUAUAGCUGGAAAACUUCACUACUUAUCCCUGGCCCCUAGGUGUAGCUGUUGCUGCACAGUGUGUUAGGCAAAGAUCCAUUAAUGGCCCUGAUCUUUUAGGGGCUUUUUUGUUUAUUUGUUUCUCCAUUCUUCCUAAGAAUGAGCAACAUUUUGAAUGAAGUGAAUUGAAAAUAUAAAUAUAUGUUUG